AUGGACAGACAAGUGACAUAUGCUGAUUUAAACUUAUCCAGGGGUACUUGCCUGGAAAGUUCAUCACCCCCAUCUCUUCCUCAGGACAUCUGUCAAGGUCCACCUUGGCAUCAGUUGGCUCUGAAACUUGGUUGUACUGGGGUUAUUCUUCUUACCUUGACUGUGAUUGGGUUGAGUAUUUCAGUAAUAUUCUUAAGACAAAACUUGUCAAUAGAAGAAAGCGGUGUGGAUGUUCACGAGAACAGGAAUGAAACAACAGAGAAACCAGAUCUGUUAAAGUGCCCAAAAGAUUGGCGUCUACUCCGAGAAAAAUGCUUGUUUUUUUCUCUCGCUUCCAACACUUGGAACUACAGUCUAGCUGACUGUUCCACAAAAGAAUCCAGUUUGCUGCUUUUUCAAGAUCCAGAAGAACUGAGACACGUACAAAGCCUGAUACCUAAAAAAGAAUUUCUGUUUUGGAUUGGAUUAAAUUUAACAUUAUCAGAGAAGAAAUGGAAGUGGAUAAAUGGGUCAUUUUUAAAUCCAAACGUAUUACGUAUUGUUGGUUAUACUAAGAAAAACAGCUGUGUUUACGUCUCACCGACAGGAAUUUUUUCUGAGGACUGUGACACAGACAAUAAAUGGAUCUGUCAGAAAGAACUACAACCUGUCAGAAAUAAGGCGUGUUCGGGCUCUUGA